AUGGUCCAGGGAUCAACAGCCACCGGCGAGAAGUACAAGCCUAGCGAGCACGGCGGUCGCCGCGAAGACAACAAGCCCGACAAGCGCACCCAGCAGAACCAGUUUGCCUACGGCAAGGUCGACCCCCACCAGGCCGGUCACGAGGGUGGAAAGGUUGGCGGUUCCGCUGGCGGCCAUGCCUCGGGCAGGGGCAGUGCAAAGGGCCAGCAGGAUGAGCCUGAGGAGUAA